AUGGCAUCCACAGAAUCAGUCCCCCAACUUCACGUCGAUGAUGUGUGCACGUCAAACAGCAGCAACCAGUUAGCUGUGGGCUAUGUUGACAGAACGCACGCCGAAGUGGAGAGUCACGCACCAUAUCCGGUGAACACCUAUGGAAAGAUAUUUCGCCACAACGCCGUCCCACGUCAACUGUAUAAAGAAUUUCUGCGAGAAGGCGUUCCUCCGCAGGGCUUCGUACUAAUGCAAUGGCAGACCGAGAGUAAAGCUGAGCUCGUGCCAUGCAGCGAUCUCGUUCUGCUAGAUCGUUCAUUUAUGUCUGGAGAUCUCGUGCGCAAGGGAAACCGAUCAGGCACUGUUGUCAGCACAAGGACGCGAUGUACACUUCUCUCGAUGUGCGAUGUCAGAGAAACCAAGAGUCGCAAGACCAUGAAAUGUGCUUGGUUGCCGUUGCCUAUGGAAGAAGAACCCUCGCUCGAAUUGGUCAAUGAUGGUAAACUGCUCUACGACAUACCCGCUUCCGAACUGAAGCUAGUGCAGACCUUCAACGAAGGUGACAUUAUCAUCUACCAAAACUGGAUUGGCCGCAUAAAGGACUGCUUUGACGAAGUCACUGUGCGAUUGACCGACAACGGCGUUGUGAGUAUUACAGACGAAGGCAACCUCGAACCCAUGAGUGGUGAUCCUGAGGAGAGGUUUGCUGUAGGAUCGCUGGUCCGGACGAAGAAGGGCGUGCUUAGGACGGGCAGAUGGAUCUAUGGAAUGUAUUCCCCAAACACGCCACCAAUAGGCGUUGUAGUCGACGUUCGCACCAAGGAGUGUCAAGUCGACUGGUUACAUNNCCCUCGGAUGGAGAGGGCCAGUGACUUCCCAAUCUGGAGUAGUGCUCCUGAAGGUAUUCUUGGACCCGACGAACUAGAGAGCCACGACGUUCGCCUGUACGACAUCUCUAAUAUGCCCAAGGAACCCAGCACAACCAGAUCGCGCUCGGAUCCUGAGCUUCAGGGUGGACUGCGUGUAAGAUUCAAGGACCUGCCCGCAGCCUGUGCUAAGUACGAUGGAUCGAACUCGCAUGGAAAGCUUGAGAAGCUCGAUCGAACACAAAGUCUUGGAUACGACCUGAAUGUCUUCACUAUCACCAGUACUAAUACAGAAGCUGACGUUCUCUGGAGCGACGACCUGACUACGGAGACGGUUCGCACAACUUCAAUUAUCCCAGAUCCGUCGAUCGACGAUGAAGACGCAGUAUUCGCUGGCGAAAUCGUGUGUACAAACGAGACGAGAGACCCUCCGCCAGAAGCGUUAACCUCUUGGGCUACAACUCCGCAACGUGUUGGAGUUGCUGAUCGAGUCAACAUCAAGGAUCGAGUAGCUCAUGUCACAUGGUUCAAAGACUCCACACUGUCGUUCUGUGAUAAGAGCUUGGAUCUACUUGUCCCGAGCACGAAACUCGGAAGUCUUGGAGAGGAACAAGAGGAAGUUAGCUUUUAUGAUAUUCGGGCACCNAAAAGCGUCAACCGCAACAGGGGAGACUACGUUCUACUGCUGAACACGCCAACUCUACCACAUACUGAGCCCGGCAGUAUCAACUGGUUUGGCGAGGUCGUGGAUUUGGGUAGGAAUGGAAAGUGCACGGUCAGACUAGGAGCAGCUGAGCCAGUACAAGAAGUCGAGUGUGAUAUCACAGACACAGCGCCUGCCAUGAAUCUGGACACAGACGACAAUCCUCUCACUGGGAAUGCCGACGGGCACGGCGACUUCCUCAGCGACGCGAGUGAAGACUUUGACUUCGACAUGGAAGAUUUCUCAGAAUCCUCGGGAUCAGAAGAGGAUGUCUGGUUUGAGGAUGGGCAAGAUAUUCCAAUUGAUGACGCCGAUGACUCUUGGAGCACAGAAGACGAAGACAACGACGCAAUGUCAACACAAGACGACACACCAGCAACGAAUCCUGUGCCAACUGAAACGCCUAUUACCCACACACCACAGCCAGCUCAGAAUGGCAGUGCUGAUAGCAUGGAUCAAACGAUGGUUAAUGCGACCGUGGAAGAGCUGCGUCUAUCCUCGCUGCCAAAUGCGCCUGCAGCUUACGAGAUCCUCGAAUCUGAGGUACCUUCAGGCCAUCAUUACCUACUGCAACGUGGUCCAACAUCUGCAAACCACAUGAAAGGUGUGUCGAAAGAGCACAAAAUUCUGAGCGCGCCUGGAGCGCUUCCGGAAGGUGUCUAUGUGCGAACAUGGGAAUCCAGAAUGGACCUGAUCAGGGUUUUGUUCGUCGGUCCCCUCAGCACCCCGUAUGAGUACGCGCCGUUCAUGAUUGAUCUGCAUCUACCAUCUCAAUAUCCAUACGAACCUCCAAAAGCUUUCUUUCACAGCUGGACGGCGGAAGGUGCUGGCAUGUCUGGACGAGUCAACCCUAAUCUAUAUGAAGAGGGCAAGAUCUGCCUUUCGCUACUAGGAACAUGGCAAGGCGAUGAAGCGCGAAACGAAGCAUGGACGCCCCAUCAAAGCACCGUACUGCAGGUACUAGUCAGCAUCCUGGGCCUUGUCCUUGUUCGCGAGCCUUACUACAACGAGGCAGGAUUCGAGCCUCUUCAAGGCCUUUCAUCCAUCAACCAAAACAGUGUGGCUUACACGGAACGCACUUACCUUCGUGCGAGAGCCUUCCUGAUCUCGCCGGUUAGUCGCUUGAGUCGCGGUGAAACAGCAGGCCUAGAAGGAUUCGAUACCGUACUGCGCUGGCUGUAUACCGAUGCUGAUGGUGCGAAGUUGUUGCCUAAAGCUAUCAGCGCAGCACACUUGAUCCUCAAAAAUAGCGAGGAGGGUGCGAGUGUAGAGGCUCGUGAUGGACUUAAAGUGGUCAGCAGAGGGGCAGCUCUGCCUCUGAAGAGAGUUGUAGCACGCUUGGAACAACUUGAUCAGGAAGCAGCAUCACAGGCUAAGGACUAA